AUGAAUUUCCCUCGAUUGAUUGCAGUAGUUUCCACUGCAUCAUGGGUAGCGUUAGGCGCCGAUCAAGCCCCGGCUCCAAAACCUGAGGCGCCCAAACCAUUCCCCUGCAAGGAUGCACAGAAGAAUUCUCCUUGGUGCCAGAUGGAUGUGUAUCGUAAAGACGAAAAAAAUCAUAGAGGGUUGUUUCUCGGCACUGAUAACAGUUCUCCUCAAGAUCCAAAGGAUAAAAACGAGAUGGCCACUUUUCAAGAUCUCAAGAAUAACUGUUUGGAUCCACGGGGAGCCAAUUUCGGAGAGUAA